AUGGCUACCCAGAGGCUGGCGCUCAACUUGCGUCAAUCCCUGCGCAGCCGAGCAGCUCUCAAUGCCAUCCGAAGCCCCAUCAGACGAUAUGCGAACCCCGUCGAGUCUUCGCGGACGGAGUCUACUACGCUGUCAAAUGGCCUGACGAUCGCGACCGAGCACUCGCCAUGGGCUCAGACCUCUACCGUCGGCAUGUGGAUCGAUGCUGGAAGCAGGGCGGAGACCGACAAGACGAACGGUACUGCUCACUUCCUAGAGCACUUGGCUUUCAAGGGCACGGGCAAUCGAACACAGCAACAGCUAGAGCUUGAGAUUGAGAACAUGGGCGGCCACCUCAACGCCUACACAUCUCGAGAAAACACUGUGUACUACGCCAAAUCCUUCAACAAUGAUGUCCCGAAGACAGUUGACAUUCUUUCCGAUAUUCUCCAAAACUCGAAGCUCGAACCCCAGGCCGUCGAACGCGAACGCGAUGUGAUUCUCCGGGAACAAGAGGAAGUCGACAAGCAGCUCGAGGAGGUUGUGUUCGACCACCUACAUUCAACCGCUUUCCAGGGACAGCCUCUUGGACGCACCAUUCUCGGCCCUCGCGAAAACAUCCUCUCCAUCAACCGUCAAGAUCUUGUGGAUUACAUCAAGACCAACUAUACCGCUGAUCGUAUGGUCCUCGUUGGCGCCGGUGGCAUUCCUCACGAGGAGCUCGUCAAACUUGCCGAAAAGCACUUUGGUGGUCUGCAGGCUCGCCCCCCUACUUCGUACGCCGCCGAGAUCGCCGCCGAGCAGAAGCGCAAGCCACAGUUCAUCGGCUCCGAAGUCCGCAUCCGUGAUGACACAAUUCCCACCGCCCACAUUGCCAUUGCUGUUGAGGGUGUAAGCUGGAAGGAUGAUGACUACUUUACGGCGUUGGUAACUCAAGCCAUCAUCGGCAACUGGGACCGUGCCAUGGGCAACACUCCCUAUAUGGGCAGCAAGCUCGCCGGCUUCGUAAACCACCACAACCUAGCCAACAGCUUCAUGAGUUUCUCAACAAGUUAUAGUGAUACUGGUCUUUGGGGUAUCUAUCUCGUCUCAGAAAACAAGACCCAGCUCGACGAUCUCGUCCAUUUCACGCUCCGUGAGUGGUCGCGCCUAUCCAUCAACGUUUCGGAGGCGGAGGUCGAACGUGCCAAGGCCCAACUCAAGGCAUCGAUCCUUUUGUCGCUCGACGGCACCACUUCUGUCGCCGAAGACAUCGGUCGCCAAAUCAUCACGACUGGCCGUCGCAUGGAUCCUGCGGAGAUUGAGCGUGUGGUCGGUGGCAUCACGGAGCAGGACGUCAUGCGCUUUGCGCAGAAGAAGCUGUGGGAUCGCGAUAUUGCCAUGUCGGCGGUCGGCAGCAUCGAGGGUGUUCUCGACUAUAACCGGAUCAGAAACGACAUGAGCAGAAACAGUGCCUAA